CUGUAAAGAGUAGGUAAAUAGAUAUGUCACAAUAUUAUCAUUCAGUUAACACUGUAUACUGUAUGUUUGUUCUAAAGUAAAAUGCCUUUCUCUUCUACAGAAAAAAAAAAAAAAAAAAAUGAUUCUGCCAAGUUUGAACAUCACUCUAAUUUUUACCAGUUAUGGACCACCUGGUGCACUUAAUUAUGGAGUUUUUUUAAUCUCCCUUGCAGUCUAUCUUACAACUGUUUUUGCAAAUGUAACACUGAUGCUGGUGAUCUGCUUGGACACAUCUCUCCAUAAGCCCAUGUACAUAUUUUUAUUCAACCUGGCUAUUAAUGGACUAAUCGGGUCAUCUGCUGUACUUCCUAAAAUAAUGGAGAAUCUUGUUGAUGAGUUGAAAGAUAUACUGCAUACUGACUGUAUUCUUCAAGUAUUUUUUAUUAAUGUUUAUGGAACAUGUGCUUAUGCAAUACUGACACUUAUGGCAUAUGACAGGUAUGUUUCAAUUUGCAAGCCUCUACAAUAUCACAAUAUCAUGACUCCUGCCAAAAUUAGACUUCUGCUUUUUAUUGUGUACUGUGUUCCUAUCUGCACUUUAGCUGUACAGGUGUAUCUUACGUCGAGGUUGCCUGUGUGCAGGUAUACAAUAAACAAGUUGUUUUGUGACAAUUUGGCUGUUGUUAAUCUCUCCUGUGUCAAAAAUACCUGGGGAGAUCUGUAUGGCAUAUGUCUGGUAAUUGCUUUUGUUGUUCUACCUCUAAUCUUUGUAAUCUUAUCAUAUGUGCAGAUAUUAUUUGUCUCUUUGAAAGCAUCAGUAAACGCCCGAAAGAAGGCUCUAAAAACAUGCACACCACACUUGAUUACUUUUAUUAAUUUUUCAUUGGCCUCUCUUUUUUCUGUGAUAUACAAUCGAUUUAAUUUUAGUCUUUCAAAAGAAGUUAAUGUGUUUAUGUCGAUUCAUUUUAUCCUGAUCCCUCCACUUCUACAUCCACUUAUUUAUGGAAUCAGAACAAAGGAGAUCAGCAAUAGCCUCAAAAAAAUAUUACAAAGAAAAAUACAUGCACUUGGUUUUAACUUAAAGACUGAACAAAUGUGUAAUGAUGCACUUUUUAUUUCUACUAAAUAAAUGGGUUGGAAUCUGAAAAUUUUGUAUGUGUAACUGAUAUGUACAUACAUAUUAUAUACAUUGGUUAAUGCAAAUAAUCCACUUCAAAUUACCUUGAAUUUCAGAAAAUAUAGACAUAUUGUGCUUGCGACUAUUUAUGAAUUUGAUUAUUUUAUCAUAUUGAUGUUGUAGCCAUUUUAUAAGCAAAUGCAUGUUUAUAUAUACAUAUGUACAUAUAUAUACACAAAUACAGAUUCAUUCUCUUAUGUAGUUUUAUUUAAAAAAAUGUUAAAUAGAAAAUGUUAUUCAGAUUUUUAUUCAGGAGAACACACCUAUUUACACAGAUAAAAAAAGAAUGUUAAACAAUUCUUUACAGAUUGGGGGGUUAAAUAUUUGACAUAGUGUCAACUAAGUGUGUGUGGUGUAUUAACUCACUGAUUAAGAUUUUGUUUUAGCUGCAAUAACUGUGUAACAUUAUUAUCAAAGGAACAAAUACUGUUUUGGGAAGGUAUAUUUUAAAUGCACUUGGUUCAAUAAUCUGAGGGGGCUCUGGCAGCAGAAGAAAACACAGCCACAUUUUAAAAUAUGACCAUAUCAAAUUUUUUUUUUUUUUUCAUCAUAAGAACCAUCAUUUGUCCUAAUGUCGUUGGAUUCAUUAUCUAUGCUGUGACCAGGUGCAAGACAAGGAAUAAGUAUAAGUACAGAUUUUGAACUGCGCUUGGCUUAUAAUUUUUCCUGUCAGAUGAUCAAGAAUCAAGAAUGUGGUUGAGAAUUUUAACCAUUUUAAGUGCAUCUUAAUCUUAGCCGCUGUCUAAACUAUAUGUGAAUGAUGCAGUUGGUAUAGGACACUAACUCCCAAGAGGAGUUCUCAGUUGCUCAAAAAGAAAAACAAAACAAAACAAAAUAUGCCUACUUGUAUACAUGUAAGUGUGAGAAGCUGGCCAAUUCUGAAAAA